AUGAGAGCUGCUGCUGCUAGAGAAGGCCUACAAAGUAGUAGUGCGACGACAACAACAACAACAACAACAACAACAACAACAACAACAGGAGGAAGCAGACAUGGGCGUGGUGAAGCUAGAAAUUUUGCAAUCUUCUUCUUCUGGGUCAUUUUAAUUUUUGCUCCAACAAGUAAUUUGGUGGUUUCUGCCAGUAGAACCAGUACCAGUCAUGGUGAUGAGUUGGGUGGUGGCCGGUUCAUGAGGCCACCGACAAGGAAAACCCGUUUCCUGGGCAAGGUAUCGUUUUAUGCACCUUCAAGUACUCCAUCUCAUGAUGUUCAUCAUUUUGUGGGGAUCAACGGUGGUCCGGACAAGCUAUAUGGAGAUGACAAGAGAAUAGUUCAUACAGGUCCAAAUCCCCUUCACAACUAA